UAAAUAUUGAUAACCCAGCUGUCACUGAGCUCCAAGAUGGCUGCUUCCCUGGGUAGUGUCAAUGACGGGGAAAAUCCUUCAAUAUCCACGUUACCACGCCCCUCACGCCCCCCGGAGCCAACAUGGGAGGGCGUGGCGGACAAGUUACUACGGGAGAAGCUGCUACUGACGGGGCUGGAGUUGUAUCUGGAGCUGGAAGAGAGAGGAAGAGAAUUGCCGACUUCAUUAAAGGAAUUCUUCUCUAAUCCUGGCAAUUUUGAAGCCAGGUGUUCCAGCGAGGCGCCCUCCUCCUCCCUGCCCGCCCCGGACUGUAGCAACGCCUUCCCACGACCACAACAGCAGCCCCCGUCCCAGCCUUGCCCCGCCCCGGCCUGGGUGGGGGCC